CAAAGGGCGGAUCGUAGAGUGACAGCCUUGCGUUCUGUCCAAUCACGAGGGGGCAUACAGCAACCCAGGAAGACCGCGUGAAAAUAUUAUUAGCAAGCUCGGUUGCUGGCUCGCGGCACCCUUUAGUGUAAAAAUGGCGGCGAGCAGCGUCAACCCAUUUAAUCUGAGCGAUUCGGAGGAGGAGGCUGAGCGAAGGCCGGAUGGGGCCGACGGCCCGCACAGUCCGAGCCGCGCCGCGCCGGGUCAGCCCAUCGGACCGGUUUCCCCGCUAGCGGACUCGGAGCCAGGGGCGCUGCUGGGGUCGGGCAGCAGCAGGACGAGUCCCGGUGUGGAGAGUGUCGCCGCCCUGGCUGCAGCCGCUGCGGCUGCGGCUGCGGCUGCGGCUGCGGCUGCUGCGGGGGGACCGGCCGGCGCGGAACCCCGCGUGCCCGCCGACGCGAUCGCCGCGCAGCUCCUCCGGGACCAGUACAUCCUGACGGCGCUCGAGUUCCACACGGAGCUGCUGGAGGCGGGCAGGGAGCUGCCCCGGCUACGGGACUACUUCUCGAACCCGGGCAACUUCGAGAGGCAGAGCGGAACUCCGCCCGCGUGCAAGGAGCCUGGACUGGGUCCGGGAGGACAGCUCAACCGAGCCGGAAGCAUCAGCACCUUGGACUCCCUGGAUUUCGCCCGCUACUCUGACGAUGGAAACAGGGAGUCAGACGAACGCGUCGCAGUCCUGGAGUUUGAACUGCGGAAAGCCAAGGAGACCAUUCAGGCUCUACGCGCCAACUUGACUCAGGCAGCAGAGAGCGAAGUUCCCUUGCAGGAGAGGAAGAACUUCAAAUCCAGUCCUGAAAUUCAGGAACCCAUCCGCCCUCUUGAGAAAAGAGCGUUAAAUUUUCUAGUUAACGAGUAUUUAUUGAAAAACAAUUAUAAGCUCUCGUCCAUCACGUUCUCAGAUGAAAAUGAUGACCAGGACUUUGAGUUGUGGGACGAUGUGGGGUUAAACAUCCCAAAGCCCCCUGACCUCCUCCACUUGUACCGGAGCUGCGGUUCCAGCCAGUCCACGCCCCGGGACACGGUCGAUGUCGGCGUGGGCGUCGAGUCCGAGGAGCUGCUAUCAAACACCCUUACCCAGAAGCCCGUGCAGGAAGCUGAGCUCCCGGAGCAGGUGGCUGUGGUUCAGGAGCUCGAAUACAAGAUUGGUCUUUUAAACGCUGAGAAGCAGAGUCUCGCAGAGCAGAUCAGGCAGCUGCAGAGUGACAUUCAGACCCUAAAGGAGACCGUCUCCAUCCCUCCUCCAUCCCUGCUAGUGGAGUGUUCAACCCCCAAGCCAGAGCGAGCGCCAGACCCUGGCCCUCUGGAUAAUGGACAUUACCUGGAUAUGCGUCGCUCCACAGAACGAGACGAUGUCCCGGACUGCCCUAUGGUGGACUUCGACACAGACUCAGUCCCAGCCACAACCCAGCCUGUGCACCCUGUCGCUACGCAGUGUCCUCCAGUGUCUGCUCCAGCCACUCCUCCAACACAACCGAAUGCAAAGUUAAAAAGCCACAUAUCCCCAAGCAGGGGACCGGUCGAGUUUGACCAGCCCAACAGAAAACUCUCUCCUGCAUUUCACCAAGCGCUUUUAUCGUUCUGUCGGAUGUCACCUGACAGUCGCCUUGGCUCUGAGGUUUCCCGCAUUGCGGACAGCGCGGAGAGCGUCACGCUCAUGCUUGGCCGCUGUCUACCCCACAUCGUCCCCAACGUGCUGCUCGCCAAGCGAGAGAGAAUGGUUGUUCACCUGUGCCAGGAGCUGAUCCCCCUCAUCCUCUGCACCGCCUGCCUUCAUCCGGAGCCCAAGGAACGCGACCAGCUACUGCAUAUCCUCUUCAAUCUCAUCAAGAGGCCCGACGACGAGCAGAGGCAGAUGAUCUUGACGGGCUGUGUGGCGUUCGCGCGCCACGUUGGUCCGACACGAGUCGAGGCGGAGCUCCUGCCACAAUGCUGGGAGCAGAUCAACCACAAGUACCCGGAGCGGAGACUGCUGGUGGCGGAGUCCUGUGGAGCCUUGGCGCCCUAUCUGCCGAAGGAGAUCCGCAGCUCCCUGGUGCUGUCCAUGCUGCAGCAGAUGUUGACAGAGGACAAGGCCGACAUGGUGCGGGAGGCAGUGGUCAAGAGUCUGGGCAUCAUCAUGGGCUACAUUGAUGACCCUGACAAGUAUUCUCAGGGCUUUGAGCUGAUGCUGUUGUCCCAGGGGGACCCUUCCGAAAGAGUCGUGAGUGCCACCCACCAGGUCUUCAUCCCGGCCUUCGCCGCCUGGGCAACGGAGCUGGGAAACCUUCAGUCCCAGCUCAUCCCUACUCUGCUGAUCCGCAUCGAGAAACUCCUCAAGGACGGCGAACAUGGGCUGGAUGAGCACAAGCUGCACACGUUCCUGUCUGCUCUGCAGUCCCUCAUUCCUCCGCUGUUUGCCGUCGUGCUCCAGAGCGCCCCCUUCACCGAGCGGGCCAGGCUGCAGGGCGACGUGCCGCCCAUUGAAGUGACGCGAUUCCCCCGACCGGCGUCGCCGCUUCAGGACGUGGCCACCAUCGUGGGGAGCCGGGAGCAGCUGGCGGUGCUGCUGCAGCUGUACGACCACCAGCUGGCCCACGAGGGCACUACGGGCUGGGACAGCCUGCUGUGGGUGGUUAACCAGCUCCUGCCACAACUCAUUGAAAUUGUGAGCCGGAUAAACGUCACGUCAAGCACCUGCGUCCAUGAAUUUUCCAGGUUCUUCUGGAGGUUGUGUCGAACAUUUGGGAAAAUUUUCACCAAUACCAAGGUCAAACCGCAGUUUCAGGAGAUCCUCCGGCUUUCAGAAGAGAAUGUGGACACCACAGCAGGGAAUGGCAUUCUGACAAAGGCCACCGUUCCCAUCUAUGCAACGGGAGUUCUGACUUGCUACAACCAGGAAGAAGACCGCAAGCUUUUAGUUGGCUUCUUGGAGGAUGUCAUGACAACCCUGUCCCUCUCUCAUGCACCUCUGGACAGCUUGAAGGCAUCCUUCGUGGAGCUGGGCGCCAAUCCGGCGUACCAUGAGCUGCUAUUAACGGUGCUCUGGUACGGGGUGGUUCAUACCUCAGCGCUUGUGCGCUGCACCGCAGCCCGCAUGUUUGAGCUGAUCCUUCGAGGCAUGAGCGAAGCCUUAAUUGCCAAGCGAGUAGCCCCGGCCCUAGUAACCUUGUGCAGUGGUCCCGAAUUCUCUGUGAGGAUAUCAACAAUUCCUGCAUUUGGCACAAUUAUGGAGACAGUAACUCAAAAGGAGCUUCUGGAAAGGGUGAAAAUGCAGCUGGCGUCCUUUCUGGAGGACCCCCAGUACCAAGACCAGCAUUCCUUGCACAUGGAGAUCAUUCGGACCCUUGGGAGAGUGGGUCCUAACACAGAACCCAGGUUCCGGGAUGAGUUUGUCCUUCCUCAUUUGCACAAACUGGCUCUGAGCAACAACAUGCAAACCUCCGAGAGCAAGAGACUGGACAUCGCAACUCAGCUCUUUGAGGCCUACAGCGCCCUGUCCUGCUGCUUUAUUUCGGAGGAACUGAUGGUGAAUCACUUCAUGCCUGGCUUGAAAUGUUUACGGGCCGACAUGGAAAGCCUCUCUCCUGAACACGAGGUUAUUUUGAGCUCUAUGAUUAAAGAAUGCGAGCAGAAGGUGGAAAACAGGAGUGUCCAGGAGCCGCAAGGCUCAAUGUCAAUUGCCGCCAGCCUCGUGGGAGAAGACGCCAAGACAAAGUUCCUAAGCAAGAUGGGUCAGCUGACCACUUCUGGUGCCAUGUUGGCCAAUGUUUUCCAGAGAAAGAAGUGACCUUCCAAGGAUUUUUUUUUUUUUUGUUUCCCCCCCAUGAUCCUCCAUUGCCUGGUGCAUCCUACUUGAACUUCUUCUGCCUUUACGUUAUUUGUUUGCUUAGGGUCUGUCAUGCUUCUUAUGUAUGUCUUCUUUUACAUCUUUAUUCCAAUCUCCAAAGAAAUUUGCACUUCACUUAAUAACUGUUGAUUUUUCUUCUGUAAUAUUUGCUUUGCGAAAUGAUGCUUUUGUUUUGUAGGACUGUUGUCACUUUAGAGAAAGCUGUAAGAUUCCCUCGUCUGGUCCACGUUCUGUGUUGCAGUGUUUCCAGCUUAUAAAAAUAUCUAUUUUCUUUUUUCCUAAAAGUGGUUGUUUAUAUUGGGUUUCUUUAUUCUAUUUUCUUGGAUAUGUUGUAAAAGUAAAUAACUGUAUAAUACACUGAUUUAUUAGAACGGUAUCCAUAAUAUGUACAUUUGAGAUUAAUGUCAAGAAGAAUAAAAAAACAGAACAAUUGUGUAUUUAAGUACUCAGCUUUUGUGUUGUUUCUUCAUGUUUUCCAUCUCUGUGGAAUUUGUUUGCGUAAAGUUAUUCUGAGGCCUGUAGUCAAAUGCAGAGUCUUGGGAAGCCAGUUUAUUGCAUAGAAGGAGUGUGAUGGGACUGUGCUUUUUUGUGUACAGGAGCCAAACCAGGCGCAGCAGCAAAGU